UGCUGACCCGUCCCUCCCUUCAGACAUGGGAGGGGACCGUGUGGCUUACGGUGUGGCACACACUCGGCGCUCACUACUCGAGCCAUGCCAUCACUGUGUGCAGCCCUGAGACCUAUGAGGACGCCCGUGGGCUCUCAGGCUGGAAAAUAAGACUCCCUUUUUCAUUAUUCAAAACCGCCAAUCCUAAGCUCCAGUUGUGUGUCAGGCUCAGUUCUCAGCCCUCCAUGUGUAUUAACACUGACCUUCACCACAACGUGCGAUGUGGGUGCAGGUGGGAAACCGAGGCACACGGUGGUAUAAAGUCAUUGUGCCCAAGAUCACGAGUUGUGAGGCCAGAGUCUGGCCCUCGCCCAGUCUGCUGCUAGGACCCAGGCUAGAGGGGGCGCUGGUGACCCUGGGCCUGGCUUCCAGCUGCCCAAGGCCCCCUCCACAUCGCCCCCUGGGAGCAGCCAGCGUUCGUGGGAAUGGAGCUGAACAGGAUGUGGCCUUGGACCUGAGCCCGGCCCUGCCCCUCCCCGACUCUGAGUUCCUGCCUGGAUGGGGGCAGGAAAGGGAGGUCCCAUCUGGCCUGAGGCCCGGGUGGGCUUCCUGCCUCAAGCACAUGGGCUGGGAACCGGCUCUCUGAGCUCAUCCAGUCAUUCAACAAACACUCAUUGAGCGUCUACUGUAUGCAAGGCCGUGUAACUGCGGGAUGACCACAUAGGGCUCUCUAGGUGGGGGAUACAGCACAAACAGAGGCCAGGAGAUGUCUGGAGAGAGGAAAAUUGAGGCCAAGAAGUGGGCGGGACGGGGCCACGCAGGGCAGUGAGAAGCCUCAAAUUUUAAGUUUUUUUUUUUUAUUCUUGCUACCUUCUUUUUUUAAAAAACAUUUAUUUAUUUAUUGGGCUGCAUCAGGUCUUAGUUGCAGCAUGUGGGAUCUUCUUUGCAGCAUGCAGGAUCUUCGUUGCGGCAUGCGGGAUCUUUCAUUGUGGCGCACGGGUUCUUAGUUGUGGCUCACAGGUUCUAAGUUGCGGCAUGCAGGCUCUCUAAUUGUGGCGCGGGCUCAGUAGUUGUGGCGCGUGGGCUUAGUUGCCCCGCGGCAUGUGGGAUCUUAGUUCCCCGACCAGGGAUUGAACCUACGUCCCCUACAUUGGAAGGUGGAUUCUUAACCACUGGACCACCAGGGAAGUACCAAAUUUUAAGUUUUAAGAUGUUUCCUUAGGAGGCACGUGGAUGAUGAGUAGAAAUGAGCAGGGCAGAGUAAGACAGGGAGGCGGUUAUGGGGGCUGUUUAGGCGAGCGAAGAUGGGACUCAGCCCAGGAUGGCAGAAGCCAUAGAGGACACCUCAGGGAGGGGAGGCAGGGAGGCCCAGGAGUCGAGAAUUUCAAGAUGGGACUGCGGGAGGAUUGAUGUGCCAAAAGCUACCUCCGUGCCAACCGAACAAGGGCCAUGGAUUCAGCUGGAGGGGCUCUGUUGGGAAACAGAUGCCCCCCGCCCCCACAAGGCACCAAGGCUGGGCUGGACCUCAAGAGGGAGUGGGGUGUAUGGAGGAGGGAGUGUCAAGGUCAUCCUCUGCCAGAGAACCCCCGUUUACUGCAGGUUCGAGAUAGAAAUCGAGCCCAUCUUUGGCAUCUUGGCCCUGUACGAUGUGCGGGAGAAAAAGAAGAUCUCGGAGAACUUCUACUUUGACCUGAACUCAGACUCCAUGAAGGGCCUACUGCGGGCCCAUGGCACCCAUCCUGCCAUCUCCACCCUGGCCCGCUCUGCCAUCUUCUCCGUGACCUAUCCCUCGCCCGACAUCUUCUUGGUCAUCAAGCUGGAGAAGGUGCUGCAGCAGGGGGACAUCAGCGAGUGCUGCGAGCCCUACAUGGUGAUGAAGGAGGUGGACACAGCCAAGAACAAAGAGAAGCUAGAGAAGCUGCGCCUGGCGGCUGAGCAGUUCUGCACCCGUCUGGGCCGCUACCGCAUGCCCUUCGCCUGGACGGCGGUGCACCUGGCCAACAUUGUGAGCAGCGCGGGCCAGUCGGACCGGGACUCGGACUCGGAGGGCGAGCGCCGACCCACCUGGACUGACCGCCGCCGUCGGGGGCCCCAGGACCGGACGAGUAGCGGGGACGAUGCCUGCAGCUUCUCCGGCUUCCGCCCAGCCACGCUAACUGUCACCAACUUCUUUAAGCAGGAAGCUGAGCGGCUCAGUGACGAGGACCUCUUCAAGUUCCUGGCUGACAUGCGGCGCCCAACAUCCCUGCUGCGGCGCCUGCGGCCCGUGACCGCCCAGCUCAAGAUUGACAUCUCCCCAGCCCCUGAGAACCCCCACUUCUGCCUCUCCCCGGAGCUGCUUCAUGUCAAGCCCUACCCAGACCCCAGGGGUCGGCCCACCAAGGAGAUCCUGGAGUUCCCCGCCCGUGAGGUCUACGCCCCGCACACCAGCUACAGGAACCUGCUGUACGUGUACCCGCACAGCCUCAACUUCAGCAGCCGCCAGGGCUCCGUGCGCAACCUAACUGUGCGAGUGCAGUACAUGGCGGGCGAGGACCCCAGCCAGGCCCUGCCGGUCAUCUUUGGCAAGUCCAGCUGCAGUGAGUUCACCCGCGAGGCCUUCACGCCGGUGGUCUACCAUAACAAGUCCCCUGAAUUCUACGAGGAGUUUAAGCUGCGUCUUCCGGCCUGUGUGACCGAGAACCACCACCUGCUCUUCACCUUCUACCACGUCAGCUGCCAGCCCCGGCCAGGCACGGCCCUGGAGACUCCUGUGGGCUUUACUUGGAUCCCACUGCUGCAGCACGGCCGCCUGAGGACCGGCCCCUUCUGCCUCCCUGUGUCCGUGGAUCAGCCCCCGCCCAGCUACUCCGUGCUCACACCGGACGUGGCGCUGCCGGGCAUGCGCUGGGUGGAUGGCCACAAGGGUGUGUUCAGCGUGGAACUCACGGCUGUGUCCUCUGUGCACCCCCAGGACCCCUACCUGGACAAAUUCUUCACCCUGGUGCACGUCCUGGAGGAAGGGGCCUUUCCAUUCCGGCUCAAGGAUGCCGUGCUCAGCGAGAGCACCGUGGAGCAGGAGCUGCGGGCCAGCCUGGUGGCCCUGCGACUCGCCAGCCCUGAACCCCUUGUCGCCUUCUCCCACCACGUACUGGACAAGCUCGUACGCCUGGUCGUGCGGCCCCCGAUCAUCGGCGGCCAGAUCGUAAACCUGGGUCGUGUAGCCUUUGAAGCAAUGGCUCACGUAGUCAGCCUCGUCCACCGGAGCCUGGAGGCUGCCCAGGACGCCCGUGGUCACUGCCCAGUGCUGGCUGCCUAUGUCUACUAUGCCUUCCGACUGCCUGGCACGGAGCCCAGCCUCCCAGGUGGGGCCCCUCCAGUGACGUUGCAGCCUGCCACUCUGGCCCGUGGCCCGGGCCGCCCCGCAAGCCUCUACCUGGCCCGCUCUAAGAGCAUCAGCAGCAGCAACCCUGACCUGGCCGUGGCCCCUGGCUCCGUGGACGACGAGGUCUCCCGCAUCCUGGCCAGCAAGGGUAUCGACCGCUCACACUCCUGGGUGAAUUCUGCUUAUGCUCCAGGAGGCAGCAAGGCGGUGCUGCGACGGGCACCCCCUUAUUGUGGGGCCGACCCCAGACAGGCCAUCGACCGCAGCUCUAGCCGAACCUCUUCCUACCUCGAGGGCUCCUCCUCGGCCCCACCAGCCACCCAGCCGAGACCCACUGUGCAGAAGCUGCUUCACGAGGAGCUGGCCCUGCAGUGGGUGGUCAGCGGCAGUGCCGUGCGCGAGGCUGUCCUGCAGCAUGCCUGGUUCUUCUUCCAGCUCAUGGUGAAAAGCAUGGCGCUGCACCUGCUUCUGGGCCAGAAGCUGGACACACCCCGCAAGCUUCGCUUCCCUGGGCGCUUCCUGGAUGACAUUGCUGCCCUGGUGGGCUCUGUGGGCCUGGAGGUCAUCACCCGCGUCCACAAGGACGUGGAGCUGGCCGAGCACCUCAACGCCAGCCUGGCCUUCUUCCUCAGUGAUCUGCUGUCCCUGGUGGACCGCGGCUUUGUCUUCAGCCUGGUCCGGGCUCACUACAAGCAGGUGGCCACACGGCUGCAGUCGGCUCCCAACCCGGCGGUGCUGCUGACCCUGCGCAUGGACUUCACCCGCAUCCUAUGCGGCCACGAGCACUAUGUGACCCUCAACCUCCCCUGCUGCCCCCUGUCGCCCCCGGCCUCGCCCUCGCCCUCCGUAUCUUCCACCACCUCGCAGAGCUCCACCUUUUCCAGCCAGGCCCCAGACCCCAAGGUGAUCAGCAUGUUCGAGCUGAGUGGGUCGUUCCGGCAGCAGCACUUCCUGGCUGGGCUCCUGCUGACGGAACUGGCCCUGGCCCUGGAUCCUGAGGCCGAGGGGGCGUCCCUGCUGCACAAGAAGGCCAUCAGUGCUGUCCACAGCCUGCUCUGUGGCCAUGAUGCUGACCCCCGCUACGCCGAGGCCACUGUGAAGGCCCGGGUGGCCGAGCUCUACCUGCCACUGCUGUCACUGGCGCGGGACACACUGCCACGGCUGCACGACUUUGCUGAGGGUCCAGGUCAGCGGUCAAGACUGGCUUCUAUGCUCGACUCAGACACAGAAGGGGAAGGGGACAUAGGAGGCACCAUCAACCCCUCAGUGGCCAUGGCCAUCGCUGGUGGCCCCCUGGCCCCUGGCUCCCGGGCCAGCAUCUCGCAGGGCCCAGCGACAGCUGCUCGCUCAGGCUGUGCCCUCUCUGCCGAGUCUAGCCGGACCUUGCUGGUGUGUGUGCUAUGGGUCUUGAAGAAUGCUGAGCCAGCCCUGCUGCAGCGCUGGGCUGCGGACCUGGCCCUCCCUCAGCUGGGUCGUCUCUUGGACUUGCUGUACCUCUGUCUGGCUGCCUUUGAAUACAAGGGGAAAAAGGCCUUUGAACGUAUCAACAGUCUCACGUUCAAGAAAUCACUGGACAUGAAGGCCCGGCUGGAGGAAGCUAUCUUGGGCACCAUCGGAGCCCGACAGGAGAUGGUGCGACGGAGCCGUGAGAGGAGCCCAUUUGGGAACCAGGAGAAUGUACGCUGGCGGAAGAGCGUCACACACUGGAGACAAACCUCGGACCGUGUGGACAAGACCAAGGAUGAAAUGGAACACGAGGCCUUGGUGGAUGGGAACUUGGCAACCGAGGCAAGCCUGGUGGUUCUGGAUACACUGGAGAUCAUCGUGCAGUCUCUAACAGCUGGAUUUCUGGCCCCCCAGACGGUGAUGCUGUCAGAGGCCCGGGAGAGUAUCUUGGGCGCGGUACUAAAGGUUGUGUUGUACAGUCUGGGCAGUGCCCAGAGUGCCCUCUUCUUGCAGCAUGGCCUGGCCACACAGCGGGCCCUGGUAUCCAAGUUCCCAGAGCUGCUGUUUGAGGAGGACACGGAGCUGUGUGCUGACCUCUGCUUGAGGCUCCUGCGACACUGCGGGAGCCGCAUCAGCGCCAUCCGUACGCACGCCAGCGCCUCCCUCUACCUCCUCAUGCGCCAGAAUUUCGAGAUUGGCAACAACUUUGCCCGCGUGAAGAUGCAAGUGACCAUGUCGCUUUCAUCCCUGGUGGGGACAACGCAGAACUUCAGCGAAGAUCACCUGCGACGUUCACUCAAGACCAUCCUCACCUAUGCCGAGGAGGAUGUGGGGCUGCGGGACAGCACCUUUGCUGAGCAGGUCCAGGACCUGAUGUUCAACUUGCACAUGAUCCUGACUGACACGGUGAAGAUGAAGGAGCAUCAGGAGGACCCGGAAAUGCUCAUUGACCUCAUGUACAGGAUUGCCCGGGGCUACCAGGGCUCCCCAGACCUGCGGCUGACAUGGCUGCAGAACAUGGCGGGGAAGCACGCGGAGCUGGGCAACCACGCGGAGGCUGCGCAGUGCAUGGUUCACGCGGCCGCCCUGGUGGCCGAGUACCUCGCUCUGCUGGAGGACAGCCGCCACCUGCCUGUGGGCUGCGUUUCCUUCCAGAACAUCUCGUCCAACGUGCUGGAGGAGUCCGCCAUCUCUGACGACAUCCUGUCGCCUGAUGAGGAGGGCUUCUGUUCCGGGAAGCACUUCACGGAGCUGGGGCUGGUGGGGCUGCUGGAACAGGCGGCCGCCUACUUCACCAUGGGUGGGCUCUACGAGGCAGUGAAUGAGGUCUACAAGACCCUCAUCCCCAUCCUGGAAGCCCACCGCGACUACAAGAAGCUGGCUGCCGUGCACGGCAAACUGCAGGAGGCCUUCACCAAGAUCAUGCACCAGAGCUCCGGCUGGGAGCGUGUGUUCGGGACGUAUUUCCGCGUGGGCUUCUACGGUGCCCGCUUCGGUGACCUGGAUGAACAGGAGUUCGUGUACAAGGAGCCGUCCAUCACGAAGCUGGCCGAGAUUUCACACAGGCUGGAGGAGUUCUACACGGAGAGGUUCGGGGAGGACGUGGUCCAGAUCAUCAAAGAUUCUAACCCUGUGGACAAGACCAAGCUGGACCCCCAGAAGGCCUACAUCCAGAUCACGUACGUGGAGCCGCACUUUGACACCUAUGAGCUCAAGGACCGGGUGACCUACUUCGACCGCAACUACGGGCUGCGAACCUUCCUGUUCUGCACGCCCUUCACGCCGGACGGGCGCGCACAUGGAGAACUGCCCGAGCAGCACAAGCGCAAGACGCUGCUCAGCACAGACCACGCCUUCCCCUACAUCAAGACACGAAUCCGCGUGUGCCACCGGGAGGAGACAGUGCUGACGCCAGUAGAGGUGGCCAUUGAGGACAUGCAGAAGAAGACUCGGGAGCUGGCCUUCGCCACCGAGCAGGACCCGCCUGAUGCCAAAAUGCUGCAGAUGGUGCUGCAGGGCUCCGUGGGGCCCACUGUAAACCAGGGUCCACUGGAGGUGGCCCAGGUGUUUUUGGCCGAGAUCCCGCAAGACCCUAAGCUCUUCAGGCAUCACAACAAGCUGCGGCUCUGUUUCAAGGACUUCUGCAAGAAGUGCGAGGAUGCGCUGCGGAAGAACAAAGCCCUGAUUGGGCCGGACCAGAAGGAGUACCACCGUGAGCUGGAGCGCAACUACUCCCGCCUGCGGGAGGCUCUGCAGCCCCUGCUCACCCAGCGCCUGCCUCAGCUGCUGGCGCCAAAUGCAGCCGGCCUCAGGAACUCCUUGAACAGAGCAAGUUUCCGGAAGGCUGACCUCUGAGCCCACAGGGCCUGAAGCCACACCCAGAGGAACCAGCACCCUGGACUCAGCUGUCUGUGCCUUCCUGACAGUCUCCCCUACUGCCCACUCAGCCACGGGGUGACCACAUCGCACAUGGGUCUGGGCCCUCUAUCCCUUUGUUCUCGUCUGUGUGCACUGAUGCUUCUUACCUUUUCUAAUUUAAAAUGGUUUUUAUAAACAG